AUGGCUGAUUCGUUUAUUGAUGCGCCUAAUGGGGCUGGGUGUCAGAUACAGGCUUUUUUACUCCACACGUUUGUUGGGGCUGAUGCGUUGUGGACCCUUGCGAUGGCGAUUAAUGUCUACCUUGCGUUUUAUCAUCGCUUUGAUGCGCAGCGGUUGAGGAAGAUGGAGUUAUCGUAUUUACUACUCUGCUACGGUAUUCCAUUCUUGCCGGCGUUUGUCUUUAUUUUUAUCAAGAACGGUGACGGGGUGAGAGUUUAUGGGAGCGCAGUUCAAUGGUGCUGGAUCACUUCAUCGUGGGACGCGCUACGCAUCGCAACAUUCUACGGCCCGAUAUGGGUCAUAAUCGCCAUCACCCUCGCAAUCUACAUCCGAUCCGGUGGCACCAUCUACCGAAAACGCCAGCAACUCCUAAAAGCACAGGGCUCCGGCUCCGGCGGUCUAUCCUACGCCCACCAAAGCACCGUCAACAAUAAUAACAUGAAGACCACCGAAGUGACCAUCACCUCCGAGGCGACCCAACCCGAUGCGAUACAAUUACAAAACAUGGGUCAUCAAGUUAGCAUACAUGCUAUUGAUGAACAGCCCCCUCAACCGAUUGCUCGUGUAACCAGCACGAUGCCCCAACCAGUCCAGCGCCCGGCGAUCCGACCCAGCAACGAUGUAUACCGUGCGGCGUGGGCGUAUACAAAAGUCGCGAUGUUGUUUUUUGCCGUGAUUCUAAUUACGUGGAUUCCAUCUAGUGCUAACAGGAUGUAUUCGCACAUUCACCCUUCGGAGGUUAGUAAGCCUUUGCAGUUUAUGAGCGCGACGGUUCUUCCGCUGCAGGGAUUUUGGAAUGCGGUUAUCUAUGCUGUUACAUCUUGGGCGGCGUGUAAAGCGUUGUUGGAGGAGAGAGGACUUUGGGGGUCGAGAACAAGGAUAAGUGAACCAGCUGAUGAGGAGCGUGGAAGGAGGAGGAGUAGACUCAAAACUAUGAUGAACUCGAGGACAGAGGAUUCAGAGAGUCUGAGGGAGUUGGCUUAUCAGAAUAAAUCUGAUGAUGGGCGGAGUGUAUGA